CACUCCCGCUUUUGUUUCACAUUUUAAGUUCUUUCUUACCCGAAAAAACAACGCGCAAAAUGGUUAAAGUUUUCGUUCUUUUCGCUUGUCUCGCCGUCGCUGCUGUCUCAGCUGCACCAACCGAAGAGCCAGAACGUGAGGUUGUAGCCAUACUGAAAUCCGAGAUCAACAAGCGCGAUGAUGGUUCAUACGAUUUGCACUACGAAGGUGGUGAUGGCACCAUCCGCAAGGAGGCAGCCAGCGUAGUCGAUGAAGGUACCGAAGAUGAAGCACUCGAAGUUAAAGGCUCCUACAAAUACAUCAACUCCGAGGGUGAGGAAGUCGAGGUCUUCUACACUGCUGGCAAAAAUGGUUUCGUGCCCUACGGUUCAAUCAUCAAUCCAGAGAUCUCAGCUGUAGCUGAAGCUGCCAAGGACUUGCCCAAGGAAGAGGUUGUAGAGCCAAAAAAGAAAACAGUCAGCGUUUAAGGAAACUGCUACCACAACAGAAAUAAUAAUAUUUACUAAUGAAAAAUGAAAUUAGCGUAUAUGGAAAAUUGUAAAGGGAGAAAGAAAGAGCGGGUGAUGGUUCUAUUAGUCAGUUAAGUGAUAUGGUAUGAACGACAAGAAUUGACACUUUCGGUUUAAGAGUUUCUUAGUAUAAAUUUAUGUUACAAUUUACAAAUAAGUAUGAUCUAUACUAUAUACUAAAGCGAAGAGUUAACAGUAUAUAUGUACAUAUGUAUAUCUAAGCAUUAGUUAUGAGUAUGUCCUCAAAUUAUAUAUAUACUUCCA